GACUCAAUCUAAUGUGUGUCCGGAAAGCAGUGUUUCAUCUCGGAUACAAUGCGUGCUCUGGUGGUUCUGUACCUCGUCUUCGCCCUCGCGGCUGCUCAAGGACGGACAACGACUUUCGCUGAUGAUGAAGUGUCAUCGACGACCGACGCUCAGGAUCAAGCGACGUCGACGACCGACGCUCAAGAUGACGCGACGUCGACGACCGAAACUCCGGAUGACGAGGACACGACGACCGUCUUACCAGAUAACGCACUCAGUUGCAUUCGCAGGGUUGUUCAGAGCAGCAUCGGAAUCAGUAGAAACAGAACACUAGCCUUCCUGCAAAAGCUAUCCCCCAAAGGACACAUCGACGAGGUUCGCGCCAACAUCUCCGCGGAAUACGAAAUGCUCCAGAGAAGAGUGGAGGAAAACACGGAAAUUGUCCUCGCCGACAGAGCUACGUGUGAGGAAAAUAACGAGAAUGCUGUCUUCAAGAGGAGUUGCGGACUGCUGGCCAAGCUGAGCUUCGUUCAGAAGAACACAAGGGCAGUGCUGAUUCUCACGAAAAACACCAUCAUGAUCUUGAGCAGGGCUCAACUUGAUUUCGCGGUGAGUGAUAUUCCGUCCGCCUCUUGGUCUGGAGACAAUAAUCGGAGAAAAAACAUCCGGACAUCGGCACAUUCGGGAUGGGCUUGUGCAUUUAUCGCAUUCAUUUGGCGUAUUGAUGGUAUUCCAUCCAAUGACCGGCUGUGCCAUUCUCGAAAUGGACUCUCCGCUCUGCUUGCCCCCAGAUCGACCGCGACGAGCGGAUUUCAUUCAUGUUUGAGCAAUUUUGCCUUCGAUCCUCGGGAGCGGUUCCUAUAUAAACUCCUUUCCUCGACGAGGAUUCGCGGGGACGCUCCUCGGUAUAAAGUCUCGAACCCAAUGGACAAUGGUUUUCAAAUCUAAUGAUCAUGGAACCUUUCAGACGGGCAACGUUCUCUCG